UCAAAUUAUUUUGAUUAUUUGCAAAAGAACUUCAACUACAAUCCAUACGGUGACGAUAUAAAAUUUUCUUUUAAUUUAAAUUAUUACCAUUAUUGAAAUUUAAACCAAAGCUGAAUUAUUAUCACAGCUGAAUUUUUAAAUAUUCAACAAAUAUGGCAGACAUAGGUACGUGGUACAAAAAUGUACCUCGAUUCACAAAAAUCUGGCUCUCGGCCACAGUUGGCAUAAGUGUUUUAGCCCGGUUUGGAAUUCUGCCUCCAGAGCUAUUGAUUCUAGAUUGGAAUCCAAUUUAUAAGAAGUUUCAGAUAUGGAGAUUUAUAACAGCUCUAUUCUACUAUCCACUCUCACCCAAUACGGGCUUCCACUUUAUGUUGAAUUGUUAUUUCCUCUACAACUAUUCACUGCGUCUUGAAACUGAUCACUUCAAGACCAGUCCCGCUGACUAUCUGUUCCUCUUGAUAUUCCAAUGGAUAUGUUGUGCCAUAAGUGGAGUCAUUUUCAAUUUGUACAUUCUUAUGGAUCCGAUGGUUCUGGCGGUUCUGUAUGUUUGGUGUCAAUUGAAUAAAGAAGCAAUUGUGAACUUCUGGUUCGGAACGCGAUUCAAGGCAAUGUACUUGCCUUGGGUGCUUUUGGGUGUCAACUUGAUUCUAUCUUCAGGAGGAUUUGAUUCACUUUUGGGAAUUCUAAUUGGACAUUUAUACUUCUUCUUGAAAUUCCAAUAUCCCCAAGAAUUGGGAGGACCUUCUUUCCUUGAAACACCUGGUAUCUUGAAAUCAUAUUUCCCAGACGUUUCGGGUGGUGUUCAUGGCUUCGGCAUUCCACCAGUAAAUCAACGAACAGCUGAAAGAAAUCCCCCUGCAGCAGGCAAUCGAUUAUUUGGAAAUGCUUGGGGUAGAGGAAAUCCUUUGGGACGAAAUUGAACAACAACAUAAAAAAAAACAGAAAUAACAAAUGAAUCAUUUUGAUAAUUUCUAAAAAAGAAAGUAAACAUAAACUGUGUUCUAAGCUCAUUCAUCAAAAAACUAAAAGCCUAUUACAACAUUGAGACUCAUUUAUGGAUUAUCUUCAAACUAUUUUCUAAAUGAUAAGUCGUAUUUUUUUAAUAUGUCGGUGUGUAAAUAAUAUAUAAUGAUUAGUAAUUAAUUAACAUUAAAAAAUAAAACAUAAAUUUGUAUUAAACAAAACAAAUAAAA